AUGGAGGCUGAGGAGUUAAGUGGCAGAGAGUUGACAAUUGAUUCCAUAAUGAACAAAGUGAGAGAUAUUAAAAAUAAAUUUAAAAAUGAAGAUCUUACUGACGAGCUAAGCUUGAAUAAAGCCUCCACUGAUACUACAGAUAACUCAGGAACUGUUAACCAAAUAAUGAUGAUGGCAAACAACCCAGAGGAUUGGUUGAAUUUGUUGCUCAAACUGGAGAAAAACAGUGUCCCUUUAAAUGAUGCCCUUUUAAACAAAUUGAUUGGUCAUUACAACCAAGCAAUUGAAGCACUUCCUCCAGAUAAAUAUGGCCAAAAUGAGAGUUUUGCUAGGAUUCAAGUGAGAUUUGCUGAACUAAAAGCUAUUCAAGAGCCAGAUGAUGCACGUGACUACUUCCAAAUGGCCAGAGCAAACUGCAAGAAAUUUGCUUUCGUGCAUAUAUCUUUUGCACAGUUUGAACUAUCGCAAGGUAAUUUCAAAAAAAGUAAGCAACUUCUUCAUAAAGCUGUGGAAUGUGGAGCAGUGCCACUUGAAAUGCUGGAAAUUGCCAUUCGGAAUUUAAACCUUCAGAAAAAGCAGCUGCUUUCAGAGGAGGAAAGGAAGAGUUUAUCUGCAUCUACAGUAUCAAGUGUGCAAGAACCAUUUCCCAAUACACAUGGACAUUUACAGAAUAGGAACAUUAGUUGUGAUUCUAAAGGACAUACUAAAGCCCGGUUCUUAUACGGAGAGAACAUCCCCCCUCAAGAUGCAGAGAUAGGCUAUCGAAAUCCCUUGAAACAAACAAACAAGGCUAAACGGUCAUGCCCAUUUGGAAGAGUCCCAGUUAACCUUCUAAGUAGCCCGGAUUCCCAUGAGAAGAUGGAUGUUUCAGUUGCACCACAUUUUACUAAAAGACAUAUCUCUGGGUCAGAGUGCCGAGAUACAAUCACACCUGGAUCUAAAUCAAGUGGAAAUGAUUCCAGCGAAUUGAGACAUUUAAAGUCUGUUCAAAAUAUUCGUUCCAAGGAACCUGUGAUGUCAGAUGAGAAGAGUUCUGAACUUAUUACUGAUUCAGUAACCCUGAAGAAUAAAAGUGAAUCAAGUUUUCUAACAAAAUUAGAAGCAAUAAAUGCAAUUGCAGAAACUAAAGAACAUCAAGAACUAAAGGUUCCAGAAAGUGAUCUGAAACAACGGCAAUCAAAGAGAAAGUCUGAAUGUGCAAACCAGCGUGCUGCUGCACCUUCCAGUCAGCGGCAGAUUCCAGAGCAGAAACAAACCACUUUUGAGCAACCUGCCUUUUCCGUUUCAAAGCAGUCACCACCAAUAUCAACACCUAAAUGGAUUGACCCAAAAUCUAUUUGUAAGACACCCAGCAACAGUGCCUUGGAUGAUUACAUGAGCUGUUUUAGAACUCCAGUAGUAAAGAAUGACUUUCCACCUGCUUGUCAGUUGUCAACACCAUAUAGCCAACUUGCCUAUUUCCAGCAGCAACAGCAGCAGAUACCUGUUACUCCACUUCAGAAUUUACAGAUUUCAGCAUCCUCUUCAACAAAUGAAUGCAUUGCAGUUAAAGGAAAAAUAUAUUCCAUACUGAAGCAGAUAGGAAGUGGAGGUUCAAGUAAGGUAUUUCAGGUAUUGAAUGAAAAGAAACAAAUACAUGCUAUAAAGUAUGUGAACUUAGAAGAAGCAGAUAGCCAAACAGUUGAUAGUUACCGGAAUGAAAUUGCUUAUCUGAGUAAACUACAACAACAUAGUGAUAAGAUCAUCCGACUUUAUGAUUAUGAAAUUACAGAUCAGUACAUCUACAUGGUAAUGGAAUGUGGAAAUAUUGAUCUGAAUACUUGGCUUAAAAAGAAAAAAUCCAUCAGUCCAUGGGAACGGAAGAGUUACUGGAAAAAUAUGUUGGAGGCAGUUUACACAAUUCAUCAACAUGGUAUUGUUCACAGUGAUCUGAAACCUGCUAACUUUCUGAUAGUUGAUGGAAUGCUAAAGCUAAUCGAUUUUGGAAUCGCAAACCAAAUGCAACCAGAUACAACAAGUAUUGUUAAAGACUCUCAGGUUGGGACAGUUAAUUAUAUGCCACCAGAAGCAAUCAAAGAUAUGUCUUCUUCAAGAGAAAAUGGGAAGUCCAAAUCGAAGAUAAGCCCCAAAAGUGAUGUUUGGUCCUUAGGUUGCAUUUUGUACUAUAUGACUUAUGGAAAAACACCGUUUCAGCAUAUAAUUAAUCAGAUUUCUAAAUUACAUGCCAUAAUUGACCCUAAUCAUGAAAUUGAAUUUCCUGAUAUUCCAGAGAAAGAUCUUCAAGAUGUAUUAAAGCAUUGUUUAAUAAGGGAUCCUAAACAGAGGAUAUCCAUUCCUGAGCUUCUGGCACAUCCAUAUGUUCAGCUUCAAACUCAUCCAGGUAACCAGAUGGCUAAGGGAACCGCUGAAGAAAUGAAAUAUGUUCUGGGCCAACUUGUUGGCCUGAAUUCUCCUAAUUCCAUUUUGAAAGCUGCUAAAACUUUAUAUGAGCAAUACAGUGGUGGUGAAAGUCAUGAUUCCUCUUCAUCAUCCAAGACUUUGGCAAAAAAAUGGGAAAGAAAAUGA